GAUAUCGGUCUAGUUUCAGUUUCUUUUUGAAAGUAUUUUUCAUCAGUUGCAUCUCAUUGUGUAGAUUGUGGUCAUUAUUAAUUUUUGUUUGAUUAAAAAACAAAAAUUCGUUUUAGAAAGGAUCAUCAUGGCGUCUUGUAGGAAAUUAAUUCUUUUGAUGAAUCAACAUACAGGAACUAGAGUCUUCAUUUCAACGUUACGCCCCCUUCCGUCAGCUGUUGUCUACGUGGACAGAUCUAUCACUUUUAAAACAAAAUCCAAUCAGAAAGAGAAUGACGAUGAUGACCUGCAGCAGACGUUAAAUUCAUACAGAAAGUCAAAAAUAAUCAUUGGGACCGCUGUUCUAGCUGGAGCCGGUGGGGCUGUAUUGGCUGCUCCCCUUGCUCUCACGGCUGCCGGUUUUGGGGCUGCUGGAAUAGCAGCUGGGAGUGUGGCUGCAAGUAUGAUGUCUGGAGCAGCUACCACUGGGGUUGGAAUGGCUGUCGUUUCAGCUUUACAGUCUGCCGGAGCUGCUGGGAUAGGCCUGGCAGCUAACGCCUUGAUUGGUUUAGGUGGAGCAAGUGUCGGUGGGACACUUGCAGGAGCUGCUGUAGGAAAAGUGACGAGAAACGUGCAAAGUAAAGAGAAUCAAGCCAAGGGAAAUGAGCUCAAUGAUAAACUCAUUGAUAACAUUCCAGUCAACCAAAGUUCUUCAGGUGAUAAAGAAAAGUAAAGCGUUUAACAGAGAAAAAAAUAAUUCGAAAAAUACAAAAGAUAGACUCAAAAAACAACGCAACAAUCAUCGAGCAGAUCUGCUCCUCAAUAUACAACUAAUGUACCUGGUCCAGACGGAAACUUUUAACAUCCAAGACUAAAAAUGAAACUUGGGACUUGACCGAUGUAUUGAAGAGAACUAACCAACAUACAGAAGUAACCUAGAUCGUCUUAUCCAAGAUAUGUUUAUUUAAAUUACUCAAUUUGUAGUGUUUACAUAUAGAUUUUAUUAUCAAUGAAUUGUUAUAAAAUUGUUAUUUAUUCUUAUGUUCUAAUUAUCUACAUUGUAUUAUUUUAUUACAAUUUUAAUUUUAAGCAAUAAAUUUAAAAAGCAUAUAAUGAAGUAAAACUGUUCUAAAUUUCAUACUGCUAUCAAGAUUACACAUUAAUGUUUAUACAUUUCGCGGUCUCAGUUUGGGAGACAUCGACACUUACCUACGUCCUCCCGCGUCGUUUGACGCAUUGGAUAGCAAGCUGUCUCCACAAAGAUCUGUCAGUGGUAAUGUCUGAAGCCUUCUCCCUCCUGGUGUCCACUGUUCUGAGGUCCUCCGUGAACAGUUUGAGAGAAUUUACAAAAUAUUAAUUAAAGAUUAAACAAUUAUUAGAAAUAUUAUUCAGAUAGAAAAAAAAAAGAUAUUUCUACCAGCAAGAGUGGAAAUGUCGAUAUUAAUGUAUACUAUUUAUAAGCCAUCAUUGCGUUAUUAGAUAAGUAUAUCUGUAAUUAAUUAACUAAUUAACCAUUUUCACAAUACUAAAUGUGAUUUUUGUGCUGUUUGAUCUUUAAAAAAGCGUGUUACACAUACAAUGAUUUCUGGUACACAUA